AGGAAUCUGACUGACACAGGACUGGACGGCGCGUCAUUCAGUGAGGGGAAAUACUCGUGCAUCCAGCGGCUCACAGCAGAAGUAUCCAGCCUUCAUUUCAGCUUGACCAGAGACUGUUAUCGGCAGUGAAAACAGGACGUUACCAUGAUGGCAGUCCUGGGCAGUGCGGGUCGCUUGAUCCAAUUAAUCCUCAAAUAUCAAACCCGGUGUCCAUGGAGACAUUCCUGUGCUGGCCCACCGCCGUCAGCAAUGCCUGUUAUGUCAACCAGCAAUGACUGGUUUCCAGAGCUGAAGAGAGGAGCAACUGUAGCGAUGGAGACAGAGUAGGAGUAUGGUGCAGCCUAUGGCAGAAAAACCUGGGAAAAGUUUCUGAUGCUCUACAUAAAAAAAAAAAAGAAAAAACAAAGAAAUAAGAAUUACUGUCACUACCAGAAGGGGAAAACAGAAGUUCUACGCAGCAGAUUUAAAGAAGAAGAAAAAAAAUGGUUGUUGGAUGUUACUGGAUGCAGUACUGGAAAACGGAUAUGCAAUUACCCUCCCACCAUCCCAAUCUGUUGCCACCACUGCAGUUGCCAGGAGCAGCGUCAGUCUGAGUAUGAGGAGACACUCCACUGCUGCUGCAUUAGCCCAGACUGCAACUCCAGAGACACAGGAGAACAGGAAACCUAAGACAGGCAUCUUGAUGCUGAACAUGGGAGGACCCGAGAAACUUGAGGAUGUGCAUGACUUCCUGCUGCGGCUCUUCAUGGACACAGACCUGAUGAAACUCCCUGUGCAGAAUAAGCUCGGUCCGUUCAUCGCCAAGCGUCGCACGCCUAAGAUCCAGGAGCAGUACAGUAAGAUCGGAGGAGGCUCGCCCAUCAAACGCUGGACUUCUAUGCAGGGAGAGGGCAUGGUGAAGCUGUUAGACGAGAUGAGUCCUGACACAGCUCCGCACAAGUUCUACAUCGGUUUCCGGUACGUUCACCCGCUGACGGAGACGGCCAUCGAGGAGAUGGAGAAAGACGGGGUGGAGAGAGCUGUGGCCUUCACACAGUAUCCUCAGUACAGCUGCUCCACCACAGGCAGCAGUCUGAACGCCAUUUACCGUUACUACAGCAACAGAGGUGACAGGCCAAAAAUGCGCUGGAGUGUCAUCGACCGUUGGCCCACACACCCACUGCUGGUGGAGUGUUUUGCAGAUCACGUCAGUAAUGAGUUGCUGAAGUUUCCAGAAGCGAAGAGAGAUGACGUCGUCAUUCUGUUCUCAGCACAUUCACUCCCUCUGUCUGUUGUAAACAGAGGUGACCCGUAUCCUCAGGAAGUGGGAGCCACAGUUCAAAGAGUCAUGGAGAGACUGGGACACUGUAACCCUUACAGACUGGUGUGGCAGUCCAGGGUGGGCCCCAUGCCAUGGCUAGGCCCUCAGACGGACGAGGUGAUUAAAGGUCUGUGUGAACGAGGGAAGAAGAACAUCCUGCUGGUGCCCAUCGCCUUCACCUCUGACCACAUAGAGACUCUACACGAACUGGACAUUGAAUACGGGCAGGUGCUGGGGGAGGAGUGCGGUGUGGAGAACAUCAGGAGAGCAGAGUCACUGAAUGGAAACCCUCUCUUCAUGAAGGCUCUGGCAGACCUGGUCCAGUCCCACCUGAAGUCCAACAAGCCGUGUUCCCGCCAGCUGACCCUGCGCUGCCCGCUGUGUACAAACCCCACCUGCGGAGAGACCAAGGCCUUCUUUGCCAACCAGAAACUCUCAUAGAAACACAUAACAAACACACACACACAGACACACACACACACACACACACACACACACACACACACACUCUGAUGCCUCUCCUGCUGCGGGGCUACCUGUGAAGAAACAUAAGGCCUUCUUCAAUACACAGACGCUUCAUACAUACACAUGAACACACGCAGUUUCCCCAGCAAGUGUCAGUUCACAUGGAAAAUUUAACAUGAAGAACAGAGCAAAUGGUUUCUGCAAAUAAAUUCUGUUGGUUUUGGUCUUUUCGUGGGAUUUGUUGACAUCAAGAAAAAUACUGAACAUCACCAGAUUUAUUGUUUAAAUGGGGCAAAGUCAACUCAAAAUACUGAACACAGAUUCAUUUUGAAGAAUGUCAAAAGAUGCCACAUGAUUUUGAAAUGUGCACUUCGCAUCAGUAAAGCACAAAUUGCUCAUUAGAUUUUAAAUGAACUUGCUGGAAGUAAUAUAAACACUCUGCGAGGAUUUGCAGAUUCUAUUUGAUUAAAGUCUGUGUCGAUGAAAGAACUGACACUCUGCAGAAACUGCUCACAACACAUCAAAGCUACAGGAAAAAAGCCUUGCACUAGUUUAUUCGUUUUUUCGUGUUUUGUUUUUUUUUAUUACAUUUCCCUUGCUUACAUUCCAUUCACUUAGCCCCUGCAAACCUCCACCAGAGACCCCGUUUCUCUUCUCGCUAGUGUUGAAUGAAUUAACAGUCGAACAGGACGACGACACUGCACACAACGGAUCUGGUUGGGCGGCUGGUUGUCUCCCCCGUCUUCUCACCUUUCGCUUCACGCCAUUGGCCCUCCAGCUCGUAACCCCACCCACUCUGCUGCAAUCCCUGCAAUGUGAUUGGAGGAGGUUGAUGCUGCUCAAAAUGCUGCUGCCUGACAGGUGAUACCAGUGAGUUUAAGAGAGAAAAGAGUGAUUUCAAUAUUUCAAUUCAGAUUAAGCUUGUUUAAUUCACUUCACGAAGAUUUAAUAAUGUGAAUAGAAGUGUCAGUUAUUAUAUUACUCCUCAAUCUAUGUUGGUGCUGAACGGAGCUAAUGUUUAUAAAGAGACACUGCAUGAUUUCAGUAAACCAGAAUGUCGUACAGCAGAGAUUUAAAAAAAGAAAAAUUAAGCGUAAGGGGUUUGAACCUCUCAGGGUGUCAUGAAAAAAUGUCAGGGUAUUUUGAGAUGGUUUACAAGCGAGGAGAAUUACAUUAUUACUAUACAAAUUCAUUAACAUGUUUUAUUUUUAUACUGUUUUCUCUUUUUUUCUCUUCUCUGCUGAAAUGAGGCAGUUGUCACUUCAUUUUAAGUAUUCAUCUGCCUGUUCCUCAUUUUGAGAGAAACUGGCUCAGUAAAUGGAUAUUAACAAAGCGGAUUGAAGACAAAGUAAAUUAGCUGUUAAAUUAAAACCGAUGAAGUUAUGUUUUUUGUUUUGGUUACUUAAAGUGCAGGGGAGCGGAAAAUCCACACACGCAACGCAUGCAUCAGAGAGUGCAACACAUUAUUAAAAUAAUACAAAGGUAGUGAACGGUGCUGGAGCCUCUGUACGCUCCUACACAACAGAAAUGUACCGUUGUACCGUAGUUUCAGAAGAAGGAAGUUCAGUCAUUAUUACAGAAAUGAUAUCCGUCAGGGCCCUGAAGGGAGAAAACACAUGGGAGUAAAUGUUACAGCUUUUGAUUUCCUUAUUAAUGCUACAGCGCUUGUUGAUGUUUAAGUUAUUAAUCUGUUAAACAAAAGAAUUUAAGGUCAAAGGUCCACUUACCAGCUUAUCAGAGUUCAUCUCCACUGACAGACAACUGUGAGACAGCUAACACUGGCUACAACCACUCCUCUCAAUAAUGCUGAAUAGACACAGCAGUGAGUAGCAGGUAUGAAAUCAGAUGAAAAGUAAGUCAUUCAGAGCUAACGCUGAGCUGCUGGCUUCCAAUUUCCGAGUCGAACACAACACAAACAGUCCGAUGGGCCCUUCCAAAUGUUGAGUGAAGCAAAGAUGACGACAGCUAACGCUGUGAGCUUGUUGAAAAAGGGAAAACGCAGCUUUGUAUCGUUACAUGCAAACAGUCUGUAGCGCUCCAUGGCGGUUGAUAGCAUGUUAGUUAAAGUCAUGUGGAGCCUCAAAGCUAAUUAUGUGCAGAUGCUACUUUUCAUUACUGAUCUUCAUUGAUUGAUCGAUAGCGAAAUGAUUUAGGAACAAAUUUAGCAUUUAGCCAACGGUGCUUUUAUUGUCGAUAAGACAAAAUGUUUUCACCAUCAGUUUAUAGACCUCACAUCCCAGCAGGUGUGACAGGAGCAGAAAAUAGUAACUAAUGAGGGAAAAGCAUAAAGGAGCAUUACAGUGACUACGCUAUGACAAACUACAAUGAUGCUGGAGUUGUCCCUUAAUGCAGUACGUAUACUUUUAAAAACUACAAUGUAGAGAAGUAGCUCAGAUGUGUCAGAAACUUAAAUACGUGGAGUGUAGGAUAAGAGCUUAGUUUCCCUGUUGAUAGACUGUGACCUCAGCUUAAGCCUCAACACAGUUUCUUUGUCCACUCACACCUCCUUGAUCACAGUGCAACUAACUGAAAAACCUUUAAAUUCACUCUAGUCAGUAGGUUGACAUACAGAAUGCUGCAUCUUCCUUCACCAGUGGUUACUGCAGCUACAGAAAAUAUCUUCAAGGUUGCUGGUUGGGUUCCACCUGCCCUCGUGUUCGCUUGGGAUGAGACGCCCUAAUAACGUGUGAAUGUCAAAGUCAAACCUUACAUUACAUUUUAUGGACAGUAACUUGACCUCUGACCCUGUUCCCCCUCUACUGUUUUUGUUCGGUUAUGCCAUAACAAUGUGCCUUUUACACUGGCUAACUAGAAAUACUGGACUUGUGCUUUAUGUAAAUUUUAUAUGUGCUUAACCAAAAUGCUGACAGGAAAAAUCAACCCUGAAAUCUGACUUUGCAUGUUCCUGCUGUGACAUGGGCCAUCGACAGCUCUCUCCUUGUGUUUCAAUUCAGAGAAAAAGAUCCUGACUGAGAUGUUUUAUACGGAAGCGGAGAAAGGCCAUACUCGCAAAUGUUAUUUUAUCCCGUUAUCUCCAGAUAACAGAGCUUUGUUUUCUCGAGACAUCGGGAUAAUUAUUCCAUUAUCUCGAGACAACGGGAUGAUUAUUCCAGUAUCUCGAGAUAAUGAGAUAGUUAUUCCAUUAUUUCGAUAAUGGAAUCUCAGAAUAAUUAAAAUUAAUUAUUCCUUUAUCUCGAGAUAACAGGAUUAUCUUGAGAUAACGGGAUAAUCAUGCCGAUAAUAAUUCAGAUAAUCCCAUUAUUUUGAGAUAAUGGUAUAACCCUGGAUAAUUAUUACAUUAUCUGCAGAUAACGAGCUUGUCUUGAGAUAACGGUAAUUAUCUCGUUAAAAAGAAAGCUCUGUUAUCUUGAUAACAGAAUUAAAAAAUAUUUGCAAGUUUGGCCUUUCUUGGCUUCCGUAGUUUUUUUUAUUCCAGAUUGCAGUAAUUUAAAUUGAUACAUUUAGCUAUUGUUCUAAUCUGCUAACGAGAGAGAGGUGAGCUAGUGAGCUACCUGGCUUCUCAGCCACUCACUGUUUAAUUCUUCUGUUUCAACCAGACUCAUUGUGGCUCACGGCUUCUGUCAGUCUGCACACCACAACUCUGUUGAUGGAAAGAAAGAUUCCUCACAUCUACAGAUCUUCCACUUGAUGAAAGGAACUAACAAAGUGUCCGCACAGUCUACGUCACUGGCAGUGGCAUCUAAAACAAAUAUCAAUAUUAAACUAAUAUAGUAAACGAGCUAAUUAACUCAGUGGCUGUACACUGUUUGUAGCUGGUGUCACUUGUUUAUGAACAGCUACAAAUAUGUAACAUGACAAAAUGAGCUAAUUAACAAUGUGCCGUGUCUACAAGGCUAAAAAUGGAGGUAACUAUUUUGGGUCAAUGUGCAAACACUCUCAAUAUAGUAAUAAUAUUGGCAUGUUUUCUUUUUCUACUGCAUAACAAUGAACAUGACUUCAUCACAUCUCACGCUGUGACUUUGCUAGUUAGCUUAUUGACUCGCGUGCUGUACUGCUCUCUCAACGGCUAGUUAGCUCACCAGCUAACUUGUGCAAUUGGCUACAAACUGUGCUACUUGGUUAAUUGGAUGUUCUCAUUAUGUCACUGUCCAAUCACGCUGAACUUUGUGAUAGUCUGAGCUUGAAACAGUCGCUCAGAAAAGAAAAAUGGGACUCAGACUGAUAAUAUCUCUCAUUUGAGCACUUACUGUCAGUGGAGCUGCUUGAACACAUUUGAAACCCCGUCUGCGUUUCGCUUUGGGAGGAGCUCGUCUCACUCUGCCUUUUUCCAGUCAGCAUAGUAAACAUAAUACCAUCUACCACAUAAUGGCUGGACAUGGUUGCCACUAAUUACCAACAACAAGACGCCAUGUUGGAAGACAGAUGUUAAAAUUUGACUGAAGUCUUUUUCUCUUCAUUUGUAGCUUCAUUCGCCUCCUACCAGCACAUCUGACACAUCCAGUUUGACAUUUUAGCAGUCCUCCAACAUGGCUGCGUGUUGUGUCCAUUGGUAGUCUCCAACAAUGCUUGCAUAAGUUGUACAGCUGUUUUGCUUGGUACAUUUUUCUGCUUCCACUGUGUAUGCAUACAGAUAUGCACUUUACGACACGUCUCAUUCAGUACAAACACUUUCGGUGCUCUUCCACAGGUUCCAAAGGGAUGGUUUGGUUUUUGAGGAAUACUUAACCAAGGGUUUGACAAACUCAGGGUCUCCUUUGUUUAAUGUCUCAUGUCGCAUGCAUAACUGAAGGCAGGAUAAAUAGUGACAUUAGCAACACUCAGCUCAUUUGGGUUCAAGUGGCAGCUUUAAGGAUUUCUCUGCUCGCUGAGCCCAAACACAUUCAGCAAAUGAGCUUAGCUAGUCUCGAUGUUCUACAUUACCUUCAAACUGCAAAUCGAUAAGUGAAAAAUUCUCUAAAAACCAAAUUAUCACUUUAAUACAACUCUGAAACCUGGAAAAAGUCCAAUUUGUGCAGAAAUGGCAAAGAUUUAAUGCCACAGCAGGAGGACAUGCUCAUGUCUGUGAUGGCUGGGUUUUUCCUCCACAAACAUGUUUUUUUUUUUCAAUUAUCCUGUGUGUCAGUUUAUGACAACUCUGUUCUUUUAAACACUGUUUUGCUCUGUGUGUGUGUGUGUUUAGCUCAAAGUGCAUUGUGCAGCACUUGAGUUGUGUGUGUGUGUAUAUAUAACAAAAUCGCUACAGCUUUCUUGCAGCGCCAGCGUAUUUUAAGUAAUUUGAAUUUAUUUAUUUUUGUUCAUUUGACGUGUUCCACAUCACACAAACCAUCCGUCUCCACUCUUCAGUCAUGGUUUUUUUUAAUAUUUGAGAUGAUAUUAACACACGAUUACACCCAAUGACGAGUCUUCCUUUAAAAUAAAAUACAGUUUGAAAAG